UGUAUCUGUGCGUGUCUGGGGCGGCGGAGUGUGUUUAUGCCACAGAAAUCAACGAGCAGUCGUUCGGAAGGAGGCAAGUUCAGCGGGCUGGUGGCAUUAGUAGUACGUUAAAGCGUAUUUAACGAACGUGUCAAAUCCAGAUUUUCCCUCUGUGGACGGUCAAAUGAAGAACGUCGUUACGCUUCUACACACAAAAAAAUGAUCCAGUUAACUUGAUGAAAAGGUGCUAUCAAGACUUCAAAAGACAGAAAACACCUCUACAAUCCGGCGAGAAGACUUACAGAAACUACGCAAUUUUUCCUGACAAUUUUCACUUUGUUAAUAUUCUUUCCGGACUGAAACGGGUGAAAAACAAUGCUCUCCUUUGCUUGGAAAAUACCAUCAAUGAUUCGCGUCUGUAGUCCCAGCAGCCCCACCUAGUGUUGGAAUAUUGCAACUGCAUUCUUUUUGAGAUUUGUGUGAAAAAUUGAUCAAUCUGCCAGCAUCUUGUUCCUUUAUUAUGAGUGAUGAUAAUUCCGACUCGGCCCCUGGCAGUGACAUGAGGGGUGGUAUGGGCGGGGCCGAGGAGUUGUCCGGGCAACAGGCUCUUUGCUCAGAGCUGAUUGGAGGACCCUCUCUGGAGGCCAAGUCCGCGGGGGCGUCUCCAGGGGCGACGGGGGCCCUCCGCUCCCCCAGGGACAGGCGGGCGCCCAACUCGGACGACACGGACGGCCUGUCGAGCGGCAACGACUCCGGGGAGAGGGAGAGCGAGGGCGGGGGGCGGCGGCAGUCCACGCGAAGCUCCUCCCACAGCUCGUCCAGCCACAACGGCAAGGACUCGGCCAUGAUCCUGGAGACCACUGAGAGCAACAAGAGCUCAAACUCGCAGAGCCCGUCCCCCCCCAGCAGCUCGGUGGCGUACAGCCUGCUGAGCGCCAGCUCGGAGCAGGACCACCCGUCCACCAGCGGGUGCAGCAGCGAGCAGUCGGCCCGGCUGCAGACGCAGAAGGAGCUCAGCCGCGCCCUGAAGGAGCUGAAGAUCCGCGUGCCCCUGGAGCGCUGGGGCAAGGGCUGCUCCAGCACGCUGGCCGCCCUCAAAUACGCGCUCAACUGCGUCAAGCAAGUGCGAGCAAACCAGGAGUACUAUCACCAGUGGAAUGUGGAGGACAGCCACGGAUGCAGUCUGGACCUCUCCACCUUCACCUUCGAGGAACUGGACAACAUCACCUCAGAGUACACCCUCAAAAACACUGACACCUUCUCCAUGGCGGUGUCCUUCCUGUCAGGGAAGGUGGUGUACAUCUCGCCGCACGGCUCCUCCCUGCUGCGCGGUAAGCUGGAGCUCCUCCAGGGGGCGCUGUUCUCCGAGCUGCUGGCCCCGCAGGACGUCAGCACCUUCUACAGCGGAACCGCGCCCUGUCGGCUGCCCCACUGGCCCACCUGCAUGGACUCAGCUGCGUCCCCCAUGGACUGCGCCGAGGAGAAGUCCAUGUUCUGCCGGAUCAGCGGAGGGGGGCGGGAGUUCGAGGGGGGGGCGCGCUACCACCCGUUCCGCCUGACGCCGUACCAGCUGACGCUGCGCGACUCGGACGCCUGCGACCCCCAGCCCUGCUGCCUGCUCAUCGCCGAGAGGGUGCACUCCGGAUACGAGGCUCCCCGUAUUCCUCCUGAUAAGAGGGUCUUCACCACCAGCCACACUCCGAGCUGUCUGUUCCAGGAGGUGGACGAGAGGGCGGUGCCGUUGUUGGGGUACCUUCCCCAGGAUCUUGUGGGGGCGCCUGUGCUGCUGUACCUGCACCCCGACGACAGGCCUGUCAUGGUGGCCAUCCACAAGAAGAUCCUCCAGUUCGCCGGGCAGCCCUUUGACCACUCCCCCUUGCGUCUGUGCGCGCGGAGCGGGGAGUACCUCACCAUCGACACCAGCUGGUCCUCCUUCGUCAACCCCUGGAGCCGCAAGGUGGCCUUCAUCGUGGGCCGGCACAAAGUCCGAACGAGCCCGCUGAACGAGGACGUGUUCACCCCCCCCCGGGGGGGGGAGGAGGGCCGGGCCGUGGUGCCGGAGGUCCAGCAGCUGAGCGAGCAGAUCCACCGGCUCCUGCUGCAGCCCAGCCACUGCGCCACCGGGGGCGCUCACGAGUACCCCGGCAACGGCUCGUCCAGCGACAGCGCCGUGGCCGUCGAGGACCCCGCCCGCCCGCACAGACCCAUGACCUUCCAGCAGAUGUGUAAGGACGUGCACGUGGUGAAGUCCAACGGGCAGCAGGUCUUCAUCGACUCCCGCAGCCGCCCCCCCCAUCGUAAACACCCCAGCGCUGGAGCAGAGGGAACCCUGAAAGUCGCAGACACGUCCAAACCAACGGGGGACGUGACCAAACAGGCGCCGGCUCCCCAAAACCCUGUCACCCCCCCUGCGCCGCCCGUUAGGAAGGAGAGCACCACCCCCUACUCGUACCAACAGAUCAACUGCCUGGACAGCAUCAUACGUUACCUGGAGAGCUGCAACGUACCCAACACGGUUAAGAGGAAGUGUGCGUCCUCCUCAGGGGCGGCGUCCUCCACUUCUGAUGAUGACAAGCAGAAGGAGUCAGGAACCCCAAAAGGUGCAGCAGUAGCUCUGGGCGCUGACCCCGCCCCCCUGCCCCCCCUGGCUCUGCACCCGAAGGCGGAGAGCGUGAUGUCCGUCACGUCCCAGUGCAGCUUCAGCAGCACCAUCGUACACGUCGGGGACAAGAAGCCCCCCGAGUCAGACAUCGUGAUGGAGGACGCCCCGCCCACCCCCACCCCCACGCCCGCCCUCCCCUCCAACCUCGCCCCGCCCACGGCGGCCCCUCCCCCUUCGGCCCCCCCGGCCCCCGCGGCCCCCGCGGCCCCGGAGCGAGAGGGGAGGAGGGGGUGCGCGGGGUGCGUGGGGCUGACCAAGGAGGUGCUGCUGGCUCACACGCAGCAGGAGGAGGUGGCCUUCCUGGGCCGCUUCCAGGACCUGAGCCGCCUCCGCGUGCUGGACCCCGCCCCCGGCCCCGCCCCCUACGCCGGCAACGCCGCACAGCGCGGCCACACCGCCGCAGCCUUCAACAGAGGAGUGCGAAGCUCCCGGGACUACCCCACCGUGGGCAGUAGUGGGCGCCGAAGAGGCAGAGGAGGCAAGAGACUGAAGCACCAGGAGACCUCCGAUCAGGGCAGCUCCUUGGGGGCUGGGGCCGCGUUUCUGGGACCCCUGGGGGGUACGGCAGGCAGGGCGGAGGGACCUCUGGCCGCCUCUGUCCCACCACACCCCCAGAUGUCCAUGGGGCCACAGACUUCCUCCUCCUCUUGGCCCAACUCCGUGGGGUCCCAGGCCAGCCUCCCCUCUGUCCCGUACCACCCCGGCGUCCUGCCCCUCUACCCCCUCUACCCCCCUCUGGCCCCGCCCAUGCCCCAUCCCGCUGUGGACGUCCCGAAUCCAGACCCCUCCCUGCGCUACCCGCUGCCCUCCGCCCACCUGGCUCCGCCCCUGGGGCCCCCCAUGGUGGCGUUCGUUCUGCCGAAUUACAUUUUCCCCCAACCCAGUCCUCCGGUCCCGCAACCCAACACUCCGAUUCCUCAACCCAACCUUCAGAUUUCGCAACCCAACCCCCAGAUUCCCCAACCCAGCUUCCCCGUUUCUUCUGUCCCUCAGAAUUUUUACAACCCCGACCACAUGUUCCCCUUCCCCCGUCCUGCGGCGGUGGCCCCCGCCCCUCUGCUGCCCCCCGGCACGCCCAGCGCCACCCCUCGCGCCCCGUCCCGCUCCAGCACCCCCCAGUCCUGCGGCCAGGCGCCCCCGGAAAGGGACGGGACGGCGUCUCCCCUCUUCCAGUCCCGAUGCUCCUCCCCCCUCAACCUGCUGCAGCUGGAGGAGUCGCCUAGCAACCGGCUGGAGGUUGCGUCAGCCCUGGUUGCCACCCAACAGGCCACGCCUCCUCUGAACGGGGCCGCGCAGGAUUGGACGGCUGAACGGGGAGGCGUCGCCGGAGGGAAGGCCUCGGCGAACCGGAGCGACGCAGUCGGCGACGGGAAAGAAAACGAGCCUACGGAAGCCAAUGAGUCGUCCAACCAGGACGCCAUGUCCACCUCCAGCGACCUUCUGGACCUGCUGCUCCAGGAGGACUCCCGCUCAGGCACCGGCUCGGCCGCCUCAGCCUCGGGGUCCUCAGGGUCCGGCUCCAAUGGCUGCAGCAUGACGGAGAGCGGCACCAGAAGCAGCCAGAGCAGCCACACCAGCAAGUACUUCGGCAGCAUCGACUCCUCCGAGAACGACCACUCCCGGAAGCAGGCAGCAGGGGGCGCCGGCGAGGAGCAGUUCAUCAAGUGCGUGCUGCAGGACCCCAUCUGGCUGCUGAUGGCCAACGCCGACGAGAAAGUGAUGAUGACCUACCAGCUGCCCGUCAGGGACCGGGAGCAGGUCCUGUGGGAGGACCGCAGGGCUCUCAGGUCCAUGCAGAAGCAGCAGCCGCGCUUCACUGAGCAGCAGAAGAGGGAGCUGAGCCAGGUGCACCCCUGGAUCCGCACGGGACGCCUGCCCCCGGCCAUCGACAUACAGGUGUGCGUGGGGUGCGGGUCAGCGCCCAGCGUUCCGGAGGCCACGCCUUUCGACGUGCACAUCCACGACAUGGAGCUGGGCGGAGCUAUAGAGCCGCCCCUUCCGGAGAGCGCGCGGGGGAAGGCCCUCGACGGCUCCGCCCCCGCCCCCACUUCGGCCCCCGCCCCGCCCGAAUCCGCCAUGGAAGAGGAGGAGGAGGGAGGCGGAGCCCCGCCCGAAACCAGCGACCAGGAAAUGAGGGCAGAGGAACAGGAAGUGACCUCACGGUCGGAUCUGGCGAGCGGAUUGGCCGUCUGACGCGGGACCCGGUGAUGCGUGACGCUAAUAAUCCCUCGCGUGGCGCACCAGUGCGCCAGGUCGGGGGGCGGAGUUCAGUUUAAAUUUGGGGGGGGGGGGGGAGUCACCCCCCUACAGGUCCCGUCAGCUGCCGCUCCAGUCAGGGCGUGGCCAGCGGGAGCCGGUCCUGGUUUUCUGGGCCGCCGGUCGGACUGCAGUCGAGCGUACGGCAGCUCAUUAGCGCACGGCUCGCUGCGUUACGUGCGCUUUGCCCGGUCAGUGCCUCAGGGCCAGGGUCAGUGUGUCAGUUACCGUCGGUUCGCACAGUCAGUGUGUCGGUGCCCGUCUGUGAGCUUCGAGAGGAAAAUCUCCUUGGAGAUGCCUUUCGGGGUACAGUUGUUUUUUUUUAGGGGAGGAAAAGAACUAUAGUGUAAAUAACUGAGUAAAAAUAUUAACACGUCGGUAACUGGCAGAAAAUAAAGCCAAGGUCAAGGCGAGAGAAUGUGACUUCUGAUUGGCUGAAGAUACAGGAAGUAGGGAGGACAGGGGAGGAGUUUGUGGUCACAAGCCACCUGAUUGUGGCGGUGAGUUCCUGCCCGGCCUUAAUACCGUCAGGCUCAUGCAAAGCACCUUCAUUUCCAGACCGCAGCGAUGAGAUGACCGCUGUUCUCAGCCGUACUGGAAGCAGACGCGUAGUGAAGUGUGAACGUGGUUUACUGAGCUGAAAGAGGUCGUUUUGAGUGACGGCUCAGUUUGGUUGUGCAGCGGCACUAUGGCAUAUUCCUGUCAGAACGCGUCGUCUGAAAGACUGUAUAAAUCUGCUUUGCUUUUGUGAUAUUUUUGUUUAUUUAAUGCAAAGUAUAAAUAAUGUGACAGAAACGUCAGGCCUUCGUCCGCGACGCUGAUUUGUACAUUUGAAUGUUUCUGAAGAUUUUGCUUUGUUUUUCGGUGUUCAUCCACAAAGACAGAAGCGUGUUUAUUUUUUUUAACACAGUGUGUUUAUUUUUGUACUUCAUUGUAAAUGAUGUAUUUCUAACUAUUUGUGCAAGUAUGUGUGAGUGUGUAUAUAUAUGUAUAUGUGUGUAUUAAAUCAAAUUAUCCAAGCAUGGAUUGUGACUGAUGUCAGUUUGAGUUUGAAUUCCCUCUUGCAUUCGCGGAAUGGAAAUUGUGUCCCCAUGGUAACGGAACCUUUGGCUCUGUUAGUGCUAUGGGGUGCAUCCGCAGUGGCUUCCACCGAAACGGUGUUUUCCAGGCAUCGGACUGCUUGGGUCCACAUUUUCGAUUCGGUUGUUGGACACGGUUGCGCUGCCAUUGGCUGAACGACCAGGAACUGAACGACCUUGUCAGAAGUCUGUCGCCGCUAUUGGUCGAGAGCAGCGCUGUCAAGCACUGUCAGUGGUGAGGGGCAAACCUUUUGACUUCAGUCUUACGUCGGAAUGCUCAGCGCUUGGGAAUUCUUAUUGGUGGGCUUGUUUCCAUGGGACCCAGGACAAGGUUCAGCAUCAUGUGGACAAUAUAUGGACAAGUGGAAUGAGUCAAUCUCUCUCUCGCUCCCUCUCUGUACAAAUCACUUUGUUUUGGUUAUGUGCUAUUGCAUCACUGGUCUUCAGUGUGUUGGUAUUAUAUUUGUGAAAAUACUUUUUGUUAAUAAAAUAAUGAAAUGGUGAUUAAACAUUGGUUUUUAUGUAA